GGAAGGAGACGGAGGCCCAAUGGCGGACAGUGGGGAGGACGACGAAGAGAUGGAGUUUAGAGGGGAAAUGGCGGAGGUGGCAGCCCGAGAGGCUCUGAAUUCUCUGCUGGCCAUCCUCGCUUCCCAGGAUGGGCGGGAGGAAGCCGAGGCAGAAGUGCCGGCCAAGCUCCUUGCCGAGUUUGUGAUGGACUCCAGAAAGAAGGACAAGUUGCUCUGCAGCCAGCUCCACGUGGUGCAGUUCUUGCAGGAUUUCCUGGAACAUAUGGACGCGGCUCCUGGAUUCCAUGUCUCGGAGGAGGAGAUCCGAAAAGAGGCCAAUGACACCAAACAGAAGUGGAAAGAUCUCAAAGGGGACUAUCAGAAGCUGGUGGAGAAAAUCGAGGGGGCCAUGCCACGGGUUUUGCAGCAGGUGGAAGCUCUGCAGCAGAAACGGGUACUCCUGGAGGAAGUCCUCAGUGAAUACCAAAUGCAGAAGCGCGCUACCGAGGAGAAACUACGAGCUGUUCAUGAACAGAAGCUGCGCGACCAGCAGGAGCAGUGGCAGCACCUGAUCGUCGGGGUAAAGGAGGCCCACAGCAGGCGGAAGCACUGCCACAGCGAGCUGCUGCGGCUGCAGGGGGAGAUGCAGAGCCUGGAGAACACCGUGCGCGGCGGGAAGGAUGAGGCUCUGAGACACCUGGCCCUGCUGCAGCUUCUCGAGCAACUGCAAGGAAUGCGGCUGCUGUCGGUGACCUCCAAGGAGAUGGUGAUGGAGCUGAAUGCGGGGCCCGAGUCUUUGAAACUGGUGCUGACGUGGACUGAAGACGGGCAGUUGGUGGCCCAUAGUGACGGUCCGUACUUCAGCUUAGCCCAGGUGUUCUCUGACGCGUCAAAUGACUUCCUAGAGACCCAGCGUAAAUACUACAGCCAGGCCCAGAUCCUCGGCCAGAUCCAGGAGCUGCAGACCAGGUUCCCCUUAGACUGGGAGCAGCAGGAGUGGCAACUGCGCUACUUGAAGCCAUCUUGUGUAUGCACCCUCGCUGUGCAGCCCGGCCUGGUGGGUUCGUCCAGCCCCGGGGCGGUGCGGCUGAUCUCCGUGGAGGGCCUCCCGACCCCCCCCGACCUGCUGCUGUUGAAACCGUCGCAGCCCAACCCCUCCCUCCAGGACUGGCUGGAAUACCUCAGCACUACUGACUUCUGAGCCUGCCAGAAGCCCCCUUCCAGGCCCCAGGCCCCUCCAAGUUCAUUCCAAAUAAAGGCCUGAUCAAUCCA